CCUCUACACCAUCAACUACACUGUACCGCUCUUGGUGUGCAUGCGCAGCGUGUUCGCCAAUUUGGUGGCGUAAACAAACGCGUUCGUACAUUGUACGUAUGUUGAACUUCUUUCGUACCGUACGUAGCCAACGGCGCUCAUCGGUAGGUGCGGGCGGGGGUGGGGGGAGACAACUAAACACACAAUUGCGGCAAAAUCGACUUCACUGUGCAAAACGACUCCAUUCGUCCAAUGCAAUCGGCGAAUCUUGGAGUCGUGACGUUUCACGCAAACACGGCGGUGUGUGGAGAGAGAAGGGUUGUGUUGAACACUCGUGCUGCUGCUUCGGCUAGCGGCGGUGGUUAGUUGUGGAAGGGGAGGCAGUCACGCGAGGGAUGAGAGCGAGAGACGCGGAGGCGAUGCGGUUCGUGGCGAUGGCGUUGGUGAUGGUGGCGUGCGCGAGUUGCGGGGCCGACGUGAGUCCUGGGGAGUUCCGAGUGGCGAAGAUCGAGCAGGCGUGGAACAAAGCGCAACGCAUACAGCUAUCGGCGGUGCAGCUGUCGGAUCUGCACGGAGAGCUGCGUCUGCUGGAGCGGCAGGAGCUCUCGGUGAAGCGGGACGGCCACGUGGAGGAGCAGCAGAGAGAGCAGCUCAACCGCAACCUUUUGGCUGUGUUGGCACGCUACGGCCUGGAUGGAGGAAAGAAGGAGAACUUCGGGCUCAACUCCAAUCGGCUGAUGGAGUUUGGAGACAGCAAGCCGUUCAGAGACCCAAAACUCAAUAAGAUGUGGGAGAAGGCGCGUGGCUCUGGGAGGUUUGAAAAUGCCGGCGACUUGGAGCGCUUAGAGCGAGAUUUCCAUCUCCACGACGAGCGAAUACAAGAGUACGAGGCGAUGGUCAUCCAAUCGACAGAGUUCACCGAGCCUGUUGCAAUGGAACUGUGGGAAAUGGCCCAACAAGCAAACCUCUCUGAGAAAGAGCUGCACGAUGUAAAGGAGGAACUCUUGACAUUGGAGCGAAUCUCAGAAAAACACAGCCAUUUCCGCGAACAGCUGCAGGUGUCCCACGAGAAACUUCAGCACGCCAAGGCGACGUAUGACGAUGUCCCCUUUGGCAAGACGGCACAGGACAGUAAACGGGAAAAUGUAAAACUAUCGCACGAUGUGGAUCGUCUUGGUGAAACGCAACGCAGGCAUAAUGAGUUGACGGACAAGACACGCUCGCUAGCGUACAAGGUCAAGAAGUUGCACCAGGAUAUUUCCACUCGCCUCUCCCGACCGCUUUAUCGACAGCACAAUGAACUUUGACAAACGCACACAUGGUACACAUGGGCUUGGUUUAGUCAAUGUACGUAUGUGAUAGUUGUAAUAGUGUUGUGAUUCAAAUUACAGAGCAGUUACUAAUGUUUUUUUUUAUAAUUCAAGUUGCCUAUUUCUUAAAAUCACUUAAUUUUUGCACGUGUCCUCGAUGCAUAAUUUUCUUGAUUAAAGUAAACAUGUUCACUUUGCAAA